UAAUCGAUCAUGGAAAAAGUGAUUAGUUUUCCAUCUUCUUCAUCACUCGAAUCUCCCCAUUUCGUUAUCUUUCCUUUCAUGUCGAAAGGCCACACCAUCCCACUCCUCCACCUCGCCUGUCUUCUCCACCGCCGUGGAAUCUCAAUUACAUUCAUCUCCACUCCGUUCAACUCUCCCUCCAUCCGCCGCUCUCUCUCCAACACCAAUACUGUCGCUUCCAUCAUCGACCUUCCCUUCCCCGAUUCCAUCCCUGGACUUCCCCCAGGUGUGCAGAGCACCGACCAACUCCCCUCCGAUUCCCUCAUCUUUCCCUUCAUCGUCUCCACCAAACUCCUCCAACCCCACUUCGAGCAAGUCCUCCGGUCUCUGCCUCAUGUCUCCUGCAUAAUCUCCGACGGGUUUCUCAGUUGGACUCUUGAGUCCGCCACCAAGUUGGGCAUUCCAAGGGUGGUGUCCUAUGGUACCUGUGCCUACUCCACGGCCCUUCGUCGGGCCACGGCCCGCGAGUUCACCAACCAGCCUUUGGUUCUCAAGAGCUUCAGUCCUUGGAUCAAGAUCACCGAAGACGAUCUGGGCUCUCAAGAUUCCGGCACUUCUGGUCCGGGCAUUUGGUACGACCUCAUUAACGAGGUAGUCAUGGCUACUUCCAACAGUUGGGGUAUUCUGUUCAACAGCUUCUACGAGAUGGAGACAGCUUUCGUUGAUUACUGGAAUCGCGAGUUCAAGCCCAAAGCUUGGUGCGUUGGCCCUCUUUGCUUGGUCGGAAAACCAAAACCAGAAGACAAACCCAUGUGGAUGCAAUGGCUAGAUACCAGGGCGAAGGUUUUAUAUGUAGCGUUCGGGACACAGGUAAAUGUUUGUGCAGAACAGAUGAGAGAGAUUGCAGUUGGGUUAGAAGGGUCUGGUGUGGAUUUCUUGUGGGUGGUGAGAUCGAAGUCGGACUCAGACUCAGAUUCCUGGUUAGGGUUGGAAUUGGAGGGAAAGGUGAAGGAGAGAGGGUUGAUAAUGAGGGAGUGGGUAGACCAGACGGAGAUACUCCGGCAUGAGAGCAUCAGCGGAUUCCUGAGCCACUGCGGUUGGAACUCGGUGUCGGAAAGUAUAUGCGCGUCGGUUCCCAUCCUUGCAUGGCCAAUGAUGGCUGAGCAGUUCUUGAAUGCUAAGAUGGUGGUGGAGGAGCUAGGGAUUGGUUUGAGGAUACCAGGAGCAGGCGCAGGCGAUGGUGGUCUUGUCAAAGCUGAGGUUUUGCAGAGGGUGGUUAGGGAAUUAAUGGUGGAAGAGAAGGGUAAGAAGGUUGCUGAGAAGGUUAGAAUGGUGGGAGAAGAAGCUAAAAGGGCCAUGACUGAGAGUGGAUCAUCGUCAGUCACGUUAGACCUGCUCAUCACUGAGGUUUUGCAUUACUCUGCGAUUGAAAAAGAGAAACUGGAGAAGGCUCAUGGAUGUAAUUAAAUAAUCUGAUAAUCAAAUAAACGAUUACAUUCUGAAUGCGAAGAAUUUCCACAAAUCGAAAG